AUGUGCCACCAGAUUACGCGUUACUGGCUACAUGGGAGCGUUGGUCCGACCUUCCUGUCGGCGGAGAUGGAAGGGGCGCAUGUUUACGUGCGGCCGAAGGAGGAGGGCUGGCAGCUGGGGGUGGUGCAUCAGCUUUCGAGGGCGCGGGAGGAGGACCUCCCGUGCAACGUCCAUUUCGUCGACNGAGUACGUCAAGUAGGUGCCGACAAUGAGUGCACUGUGACUAUAAAAAGCUUGCCGCGCUCCGCGCGCAAGCUCGCUCCCGUGAUUCCCUUUAUGUGCCACCAGAUUACGCGUUACUGGCUACAUGGGAGCGUUGGUCCGACCUUCCUGUCGGCGGAGAUGGAAGGGGCGCAUGUUUACGUGCGGCCGAAGGAGGAGGGCUGGCAGCUGGGGGUGGUGCAUCAGCUUUCGAGGGCGCGGGAGGAGGACCUCCCGUGCAACGUCCAUUUCGUCGACCUCGAGCGGCGUUUCAACGUGUCGCCGUCGCCGGAGAAAUAUUGUAUGGCGGUGGAUGGUCCGCCUGGCCCAUGGUGCUUUCUGAUGCACAUGCGGUCCGGGAGCGUCCGGCGGAACGGGACCUGAGGGGUGCGCUGUGGUGGUG